GCUAUGGAGACUGAUGAGGAGAGCAAGAUCGCUGCGAGGAAGGUCGUUCAAGGUCUGUCGUCAGCUCAGAAGCUAGGAAUCACGAGGGCGUGCGUGGGUCUCAUCAGCGUUCCCCCGGAGCCGGACACGCUGCACGCGGUGAUGCGUCUGUGCCUGCGUCUGACGCGGGAGCGCGCGCUCGCGAAGGUGUUCGCGUCGAUGGGCGGGCCGCGGCUGCUGCUGCAGCUCACCGAGGCGUCUGCCUUCACCGGCUUCACCUCGCUCGCCACGCUGCUCAUACGCCACGUGCUGGAGGAGGGGGAGACACUCAGACACACGAUGGAGAAGAUAUAA